AUAUUUAGACGGAAUUUAUUGAUAUCGUUUUUAAAUUGAAGUGUUAAAUUUAUAUGCAUUUUUACAAAGUGUCAAGAGUUUACGGUUGCCCCAUAAAAAAUACGUAUAUUUAUUAAGGAUUAGUAAAAUAAUAUUAGAUUUGUGAGGCCUUUGGCUUUUGUGAAGUGAAUAUUUUUAAUAAAAUAUUUUUCCAAUUUACUUAUCCGUCAAUAUCUAAAUUAAGAUGAGUUCGAAGGAGGAAAGCAGAGGAUCUGAAAAGUAAGGAAUUGGUAGAGUUGAGAUCUCGGAGGAACCUUAAACUGUGAUUUGGAGUGGGCAGAGUAAUAUUGAAAUUUAGAUUUUGGUUGAUAAAUCAUUGGGAGAUUCGAUGUCAUAUCAGGAUGUUUUGAAAUACAAGAGUAUCCUGGCAAGAAAGAUCCUAGGAUAGUGA